GUGGAUUUUUAGAGGUUCCUUUUGGAUCUUAGCUCACAAUUUUAGUUUGUGGUACCACUAGCUAGCUAGCACAGCACAAAAUUAUUGAAGCGAGCACCAUGAUGAAAGCUUUUGCACCGACGGAAACAUCACCGAUUGGAUCCUUGCAGGGCCGGGGAUUCACUGAUCUAGCCAAGGCAGAUCGUCUGUCCUAUGCGCUGUCUCGUGCUCCGACCUCGGGUUGCAGUGCUGAAACCGUGGCCUCCGAGUCCACGAGAUCGAGCGAUGCCGGAGUUUCCAAAAGAACGGAGGGCGGAGUAAAUGCCGCGGAGCAAGAGAUCCCUAAAGCCAGAACAAGCAUCGGACUCUUCACAUCCGCCAUUGCAACUAUGGCAGGGUUUCAAGUUUUCCCUACUUCGCCAGUGCGUCACGAGCAAGCAACUUACGGCCCGCAGCCGAAUCUCAAGCCCGACACCCCAAAUUUCAUGCUGCUAGAUCUGGAGGAUACGGAACCGAAGAGCGCCGGUAGCGUUCACGAAGGGCGCCUUCCCGAGGAGAUGACUAAUGAUGCAAAGAGCCCCACAACACGAAGGAGCCGAGCGGACAGGAACAGUCUCGGAAGCAAAGGCAUCAGGAGUCGAAGCUGUCAACCUUUCACCAAUGCUAACGUGAACAAGGACGGUGCCAGGGCUCUCGAUGACAGCAAGCGGACUCGUCCCAAAACGAGAUUGUCUGCUGGAGGAGAGGUGAAGAGAGGUCAUCGCCGACGCAGGUCAACAAAGGACGAACCAAGAAAUUUGGACUCUAGUAUGAGCACCAGAUCUACGCGACCAACACGCAGGAGCCAUAGUUGUCACAGACGAUCGUCGUCGGAGACCAAGACGUCUCGUCGAUCGCAUUCGAUGAAACCAGGUUCUGCGCAUUCGGAGAACGCCAGCGAUAGGCGGCGAACAACCCGCAGAAUGAAGAAGCCCGAGUCAAUGAAUGAUGGUAGUAGUGGCCGUACAGUUCCUGUGCGCACACCAAGAAAGAAAAAAAGCGGGCCAGGGCGCAAGUCCAAAACACCGCCGCCACGCCUUACUCCGAGCCAAAAAGUCGAGGAAACGCCAAGGACAGCAAGAAGUCUAUCCCCCAAGAGACCAACGUCCUUUCCACGCAAACGCAUUUCUGAUGGGAGCACUCGCUCUGGUCGAUCCUCUACCGGUACAAGAGGUUUCAACACUGAGAGUUAUGAGUCAUGUAUGCCAAAGAGCUACCAUAUUCAACGAGUGCUGCAGAAAGAGAUCCAACAAGCGUUGAACGAGAGCAAAAUGGAGUUUGCAGAUCAGGAUGAAAGCGUCAAUCACCAGCCUGCUCGCCUUAAUAAGGGCAUUGAUCUGAGUAAUUUGGACUUUGUAUCUUUGAACAAGUCAUCAUCAGUUCACAAAGGUUCGGAACAGUCGAAGAGGAUUCCCCACAAUGAUGGUCCCAAGGAUGCGGGUGAUGCAACACGUCUUGCAGCAACACGUAGCGUUGCUCCGUCCGUCAGAGGCAAACCUAGACGCAGAAGGCAUAUUUCCACCAGGUCUACUUCACACUGAGCCUAGCUAUGCAUCGUGAACUAAUAGGAAUAGUCAUUACAACUCUUGAGAGAGUCCAACAAUGAGGUUCUCUAAACUAAAUAUGCUUUCAAUUUACAGUACGGUACGACCACAC